UGAUCAACAACCUGAAGGACCGAAGAGAGUUAGGUAGUCUCUGAGGACUGGGAGCUUCUUCGUCGAUGAAAAUUCUCUUCAAAUCGAUGGAUCAGUAAUUUUACUUGCAGUUAUGCGAUAAUGAAAGACAAGAAUCAUAGUGCUAAUACCGUCUCAGUUUUCAAGAGAAUAUUGACGAACUGUGCAGCUCAGGCAAAAGAGUACGGCAGUUGUGUUGCAGCAAAGGUUCCAGAAGUUGAGCGUGACAUGUGCUCAAAAGAAUUCCUUGCAUUAAGGCACUGCAUGCAGAAUACGCUAAGAAGAAAGUCAUAAACAUGUAUAUCAAUGUUGUAUUGUGCAUCGAGUGCAGCUGGCCCCCCGUGUUGUUGAUUGAGUCAAGUGUAAAAGUAGUUUAGGUGUUCUGAGUUCUGUACUUCUUCAUUUAGCCAAAGUUUCCACAAAGCUUAGAGAUCAGGAGCAGGAAUAUGGCUGCAAAAACAUCUUGUCCUCACCCUCCUAGUUUUGGUGGUUCUGGUGCUCUCUCACAUGUGUAUAUUAACUAUCCUCCUUUAAGAUGCAAAGUACCUGGAUCUAGAGAAUUAUUUUACGAUGAUGGGACCAAACAUUUAAUUGCUCCUACAUCUGGCCGGGUCUUCUCAUGGAAAAUGUCUCCUUUUAAUCCUCAUGUUGCUCCCUCUUCUGAAGCAAUAGGAGUAGGCCCUGUGCUGUCAAUUCGAUAUUCUUUAGAUUCGAAGCUUUUGGCUAUCCAAAGAUCUGCACAUGAGGUUCAAAUAUUGCACAGAGAAACUGGGGAUAUUUUUAGUCAGAAGUGUAAACCCGAAUCAGAAAGUAUUUUGGGAUUCUUUUGGACAGAUUGUCCAACAUGUGAUAUUGUCUUUGUUAAAACAAGUGGAUUGGAAUUAUUCUUGUAUAAUUUUGAAUCAAAGUCACUUACUUUGGUGGAGACAAAGAAACAGACCGUGAGCUGGUAUGUCUACACACAUGAGAGCAGAUUAGUGCUUCUUGCUUCAGGAAUGCAAUGCAAGACUUUUAAGGGAUAUCAGUUUUCUUCCAUGGGAAUAAUCCGCUUGCCAAGAUUUGAGAUGGCGAUGGCAAAAUCUGAGGCAAAUAAUGUGCCCAUCCUUGCUGCUGAAGAUGUGCGUGUUAUCACUGUUUAUGGUAGGAUUUACUGCCUGCAAGUGGAUAGAGUAGCAAUGCUGCUCCACUCAUACAGGUUUUAUCGGGAUGCUGUGAUACCACAGGGUUCUUUCCCCAUUUAUUCCAACAGAAUUGCUGUGAAUGUGGUUGACAAUGUAUUGCUUGUUCAUCAAAUGGAUGCAAAAGUAGUCAUCAUAUAUGAUUUAUUUGUGGAUUCUCAUGCACCGGUUUCUUCACCUCUUCCUCUAUUGAUGAGAGGUUUGUCAAAAAGUAAUGAUGCAACCUCUCAGUCCAUGUGCCAAAAGAGUGAAGCGUCAGAGGAAAAAGAGUUGAGCAAUGCUGAAAAAAUCAUGUAUGGAGAUGACUGGACUUUUCUUGUUCCUGAUUUUAUAUGUGAUACUGGUAAUGGGUUGUCAUGGAAAGUCUACUUAGAUCUAGAGGCCAUUUCUGCCAGCAGCUCUGAAGUGCAACUAGUCCUUGAAUUUUUACAGAGAAGGAAAUUGGAAGCAAAUAAGGCUAAACAGCUGUGUCUAUCAAUUGCACGCACCAUUAUUCUUGAACGACGACCUGUACCAGUGGUUGCUAGAGCAAUAGAUGUUUUAGUUACCUCUUACAUGUCCUCACUAAAAACUGGUAAUUAUCACAAGGGAACUAAAGCAGAGAAAGCUUCAACUUCUGGUGGUUCUAACACAAAGACAGCUGUUGAGGAUAAAAUGAAAACAGCAAAAGAUGAAAGCACAAGUUCCAUGCAGCAAAAGAUGAAAGCUUCACCUUCUGGCUCUGAGGAUAAUGUUAGCUAUGGAACACAAAGAAGUGAAUUUCAAGAUUUUGAUUCUUCAACUUUGGUGGGGCCUGAAGUGCAUUCAUCAGCUGCACAGUCUCAAAUUGUUGGAACAUGUAGCACCCCAUUAAAUGCUAAUGUCCCUGAGCAACAAGAAUCUCGAUUGACUUCAGCCGCAAUUUCAUUAGAUGAUCUAUAUAAUUUUGUGUUUGCCCCUGUUGAGGAAGAGAUGGCAGGAGAUGCUUCGUACUUGGUUGCAAUCAUCAUUGAAGUCCUUCGCAGUGCUAAUUCUGAAAAGCUAAAAGUACCUCUAAAUAUAUAUUGUUUGAUGAUACAAUUGCUGGCACGGAAUGAACGCUAUGCAGAAAUUGGAUUAUUCAUCAUGAAUAAGAUCAUUGAGCCCUCAAAGGAAGUUGCAAGGCAAUUAUUAGAAUCAGGUCGACAGAAUUUCCAAACAAGGAAAUUGGGCCUAGAUAUGCUUAGGGAGCUCCAACUACACGAGGAUUAUGUCUUGCAACGUGUGCAAGAUGGAAACUAUCUUGAUGCCUUGCAGUAUGCACGGAAAAAGAAGGUGAGUACUGUGCGCCCUUCAUUAUUUCUAGAAGCUGCCUGUGCUUCUAAUAAUUCACAACACCUAGCUGCUGUGCUGAGAUUUUUCUCUGACUUCAUUCCAAACUUCAAGAGCACACCUGACCACCAAACAUACACUCAUGUUCUCGCUAAUAUGAAUGCAUCAAUCACUAAUCAUGGGAGUCGGCUUUUGGCAUAAAUACCCCCAUCUCAUCUUCCUCACACUGCAUUUCACCAGAGUAAGUAUGAACAUGUAAGAAGUGUGCCAACUUUUCUGUUACUAUGAUGUGAUCAUGUAUUCAUGCAUCGUUGCAUGUGCACAGUCUGAUUCUAGUAUUUUUGUCUUUUAGAGGGUUUUGGUAGAAGGGUUAAUAAUUAGACUUGUACAAUUUUGGAGGUACUCCCUGAAUAAAGCCAUCACAUUCUGUGGUUACUUCCUGUAUUUGUUUCAGUGUUUUUCUUUGUUCGUUUAGUUUUGCUA